AUCAGUGAGUAAUAUUUUUGUUUCACUUUGGAAUGUUAUAUUGCUCAUGUUUAUGAACACAGAGCACUAAUGUCUAUGCUUAAUACUGUGAUUUAGAAUAUGUCCCAAAUGGAACCCUGUUUCCUGUAUAAAGCACUGCUUUUGACCAGACCCCUUUGGGCCAUGGUCAAAAGCAGUGCACUUUAUAGGGAAUAAGUUGCCAUUUCAGAGACAGCCAGAGGUGAGCUAGCUAGGCCAACCGAACUGAUGCCAUGCAUUUCAUUUUGCUAAUAUUGAAGCAUUUUGUUUUCCAAAGGCACUAUUGACCAUGGGAACCGCAAUGUCUAUCUCGCUCCGCAAGAAGGCAGUCCUCUUCAAAGAUGGGCCGGACACUGUGGGCCACUUGAUGGAAGUCCAGACCGGUAAGAGUGCAAAAGACAAGACUCUGAAGCGCUACUCACCAUGGAGGCGGAGUGUGAAGAAGAAGAGCUCCAAGAAGGUGCAGGCCCAUGAGAACACCAACCAAAACAACAUUGCCCAUCUGAGUAAUGAGAACCUGAAGUCUCAGUCCUUCUCCAACCCGUCCACCCUCACCCUGGAGAAGUCUCAGUCCUGUGACAAGCUGUCCACUCAGGACCAGAGCACUCCAGCCAUCUCCAACAGCUCCAACAACGCCGCCUCGUUGGUCGAGACGACCCCCUUAUCCUACUCAAACACGGCCCCCGACACGCCCCAGAUGGUGACCGUCCAGGACCUCGACACUCCCAGGAGGCUGGUGAUGGUCCACGCUACAACCGGCGAGCUGCUGCGCUGCCUGGGUGAGUUCCUGUGCCGGCGCUGCUACCGGCUCCAGGACAUGUCUUCCAUGGACCCGGUGCUGUGGCUGCGGGUGGUUGACCGUUAUCUGCUGGACAACUGCUAUCAGAACCAGAGCUGCAUCAAUCCGGCCGCUGUGGUCUUCCUCUACAUGCUGUGCCGCGAGGCGGUUUCCUCCGAGGUGGCCACCUUGCACGAGCUGCAUGCCGUGCUGCUCACCUGCCUCUAUACGACCUGCUCCUACAUGGGCAACGAGAUCGCCUACCCCCUGAAACCCUUCCUGGUGGACACCUGCAGGCAGACCUUCUGGAUCCGCUGCAUGACCAUCACCAAGCUGAUGAGUGUCAAGAUGCUCCAGAUGAACACAGACCCUAACUUCUUCUCCCAGGUGUUUGCUGACCUGAAGAACGAGAGCCAGAAGGAGGAGAAGAAGAGUCGCCUGCUCAGCGGUGUGUACAGCACUCAGUGAGGGGCCUUGGG